AUGAAGGUCGAACUUUGCUCAUUCUCAGGCCAAAAGAUCUACCCAUCAAAGGGUCGUCUUUACGUUAGACUUGACAACAGAGUCUUCAGAUUCGCUAACGGAAAGUGCGAGUCACUCUUCCUCCAACGUAAGAACCCAAGAAAGAUCGCCUGGACCGCUUUCUGCCGUAAGCUCCACAAGAAGGGUGUAACUGAGGAAGUUCAAAAGAAGAAGGGUAAGAAGUCAACCAAGAACGCCCGUGGUAUCGUCGGUCUCGACCUCGAAGCUAUCCAAGCAAAGAGAUCACAAAAGCCAGAAGUUCGUACUGCUGCCCGUCAAGAAGCCAUCAAGCAAGCAAAGGAAGCAAAGCAAGCUAAGGCUAACGCUACAAAGGCAAAGUAA